AUGGCCCGGGGCCCGGCGCUGCCGCCGCGGGGCGCCCCCGCCGUCUGGGCGGCCGCCGCGCUCCUGCUCCUGCUCCUGGCGCCCCGGACCGCAGGGGAUUCGGAGGCGCCUGACCCCAACGACCCUCCUGGACCCCUGGAUGGACACGGCAGCCCCGUCCCAACCCCGAAAGGCUACUUCCUGAGUUUCCUGGAGCCGGUGAACAACAUCACCAUCGUCCAGGGGCAGACGGCCACGCUGCACUGCAAGGUGGCGGGCCACCCGCCGCCCAGCCUGCGCUGGCUGAAGAACGACGCCCCAGUGGUGCAGGAGCCCCGGCGCGUCAUCGUCCGCAAGACCGAGUACGGCUCCCGGCUCCGCAUCCAGGACCUGGACACCACCGACACCGGCUACUACCAGUGCGUGGCCACCAACGGUGUGAGGACCAUCACCGCCACCGGCGUGCUGUUCGUGCGGCUCGGUCCCACCCACAGCCCAAAUCACCAUUUCCAAGACGACGACCAGGAGGACGGGUUCUGCCAGCCGUACCGGGGCAUUGCCUGCGCCCGCUUCAUCGGCAACCGCACCAUCUACGUGGACUCGCUGCAGAUGCAGGGCGAGAUCGAGAACCGCAUCACAGCCGCCUUCACCAUGAUCGGCACCUCCACGCACCUGUCGGACCAGUGCUCCCAGUUCGCCAUCCCGUCCUUCUGCCACUUCGUGUUCCCGCUGUGCGACGCGGGCGCGCGGGCGCCCCGGCCGCGGGAGCUGUGCCGCGACGAGUGCGAGGCGCUGGAGGGCGAGCUGUGCCGCCGCGAGUACGCCAUCGCGCGCUCCAACCCGCUCAUCCUCAUGCGCCUGCAGCUGCCGCGCUGCGAGGCGCUGCCGCCGCCCGACAGCCCCGCCGCCGCCGGCUGCAUGCGCAUCGGCAUCCCGGCCGAGCGCCUGGGCCGCUACCAUCAGUGCUACAACGGCUCGGGCACGGACUACCGAGGGACGGCCAGCACCACCAAAUCGGGGCACCAGUGCCAGCCGUGGGCCCUGCAGCACCCCCACAGCCACCACCUGAGCAGCGCGGACUUCCCGGAGCUCGGCGGGGGGCACGCCUACUGCCGGAACCCCGGGGGGCAGAUGGAGGGCCCCUGGUGCUUCACCAAGAACAAGAACGUGCCCAUGGAGCUGUGCGACGUGCCCCCCUGCAGCCCCCAGGACGGCAGCAGGAUGGGCAUCCUGUACAUCCUGGUGCCCAGCAUCGCCAUCCCCCUGCUGGUCGCCUGCCUCUUCUUCCUGGUCUGCGUGUGCCGCAACAAGCAGAAGGCCUCGGCCGCCUCGCCCCCGCGCCGGCAGCUGAUGGCGUCGCCCAGCCAGGACGUGGAGCUGCCCCUCAUGGGCCCGCACAAGCAGGCCAAGCUCAAGGAGAUCAGCCUGUCCUCUGUGCGGUUCAUGGAGGAGCUCGGGGAGGACCGCUUCGGGAAGGCCUACCGCGGCCGCCUGCUGGGCCCCGCGCCCGGCGAGCCCGCCCAGGCCGUGGCCAUCAAGACGCUGAAGGACAAGGCGGAGGGGCCGCUGCGGGAGGAGUUCCGGCACGAGGCCCUGCUGCGCGCGCGCCUGCAGCACCCCAACCUGGUCUGCCUGCUGGGCGUGGUGACCCAGGGCCAGCCGCUCAGCAUGGUCUUCAGCUACUGCCCGCAGGGCGACCUGCACGAGUUCCUGGUGCUGCGCUCGCCGCACUCGGACGUGGGCAGCACGGACGACGACCGCACGGUGAAGUCGGCCCUGGAGCCACCCGACUUCGUGCACGUGGUGGCGCAGAUCGCGGCCGGCAUGGAGUACCUGUCCGGCCACCACGUGGUGCACAAGGACCUGGCCACCCGCAACGUGCUGGUGGACGACAAGCUGAGCGUGAAGAUCUCGGACCUGGGGCUGUUCCGCGAGGUGUACGCGGCCGACUACUACCAGCUGCUGGGCAGCGCGCUGCUGCCGGUGCGCUGGAUGUCGCCCGAGGCCCUCCUGUAUGGCAAGUUCUCCGUGGACUCGGACAUCUGGGCCUACGGCGUGGUGCUGUGGGAGGUGUUCAGCUACGGCCUGCAGCCCUACUGCGGCCACUCCAACCAGGACGUGGUGGAGCUGGUGCGCGGCCGGCAGCUGCUGCCCUGCCCCGACGACUGCCCGGCCUGGGUGUACGCACUCAUGGUGGAGUGCUGGAGCGAGUUCCCCGGCCGCCGGCCGCGCUUCAAGGACCUCCACGGCCGGCUGCGCGCCUGGGGCGGCCUGUCCGCCUACACCAGCUCCGCGCAGACCUCGGGAGCCAGCAACGCCACGCAGACCAGCUCGCUGAGCACCAGCCCGGUCAGCGUGAGCAACGCCCGCUACGGCGGCCCCAAGCCCAAGGCGCCGGCCUUCCCGCAGCCGCAGUUCAUCCCGGUGAAGGGCCCGAUCCGGCCGCUGGGACCGCCGCCGCAGCUCUACAUCCCCGUCAACGGCUACCAGCCCGUGCCGGCCUACGGCGCCUACCUGCCCAACUUCUACCCCGUGCAGAUCCCGCUGCCCAUGGCCCCGCAGCCGGUGCCCGCGCCGAUGGCGCCCAAGCCCGGCUCGCACCACAGCGGCAGCGGCUCCACCAGCACCGGCUACGUGACCACCGCGCCGUCCAACACGUCCGUGUCGGCGGCCGAGCGCGCGGCGCUGCUGGCCGAGGGCGCGGAGGACGCGCGGGACGGGCCCGAGGACGGCGCCCAGAGCCCCGUGCCCGAGGCCGCCGAGGAGGAGGCCGGCGCCGUCCCCGAGACCGAGCUGCUGGGGGACGGCGACCCUCUGCCGGCGGAGGAGGCCGAGGCCGCGCCGGAAGCCUGA